UACUCUCUUGCAAUCGCGCAUCAUUUGCCAAGACUUGAGUGUAGACUUGUCUGUCUGGAAUUUGCAUGAGUGUGUUAUAUUUACUUAUUAUUGCAAGUCAAAAUAUUUUAAGUUCCUAAUGCAGUGAGUGCGGUGUAAUUAUAUUGUCUUAUUGAAUAAUUUAGUUACGGGAUAAGAAAUAGAUCCAGAAAAAAAUACUUAGGCUACAGAUAACAAUUUGAAUUGGAACCUAGAUUUUUAUGACAGAUUUGUCAAUUAUUGUAAGCAAGUAAUAGUAUCAACGAAUUUCAAAUAUUUGGAAGUCUGUAUAAAUUUGUAGUUUUUGAGCAUUCUUCAAUUGAGGUAUAAUCAUGGUAACGCCUUUGGCCUCGAGAUUUGCUGUGUUGCCUAUUGAUGAUGAUGGAGACACAUCAAAAAGGAUAAAAGCUAAAAAUCUAAAUAAAAAGAAGGAAGAGCAGCCCAAAGCCCAGACUAUCAGUAGUAAGAAACCAGAAGUAAAGAAGAAAAAUACUGGCACUAAGAAAAAAACUGAACAGCCAGCAUCUGCUAAACAGAAGCCUGCCAAACCGAAAAACGAUGGAAGCAAGAAGAAGCCAACGUCACAGGAACAAUGGGAACAGUGGAAACUCAAAGAUGCAGAGUUUGUGGAUGGACACUACGAAGACGACUUGCAACAAGCCAUGCUUCUCUCGAAGUUGGACUAUGAAGAAAAACAAGAUUACUAUGACCAGAUUAAAAAAUCCUCUGAAGAAGAAAAGAAAGGAAACACCAAGAAAAACAAAAAGUCGAACAAAGCUCAGCCCAUGUCGCUCAGUCAAUUUAACCAAUUAAGUGAUAUGGAAAAUCAGAUUGAAACAAUAGAGAAUGGUGGUGGUUCCGGUGAUGCUGCUGCAAUGGUCAAUGGGAAACAAGAACCUGACCCUGAAUUCUUUGAAAGAAUUAAGACUGAAGCUAAAAAAGCCUUCCAAUCAGAACAGGCUGAAGAAAAAAGAAAAGCACGAGAGCCACACAUAGAUGAGCUGAUCUCGGUUGCCCAGUACCAAGACAGACUGGAGAAGUGUUAUGAGGAAAUCACAAGGUUAAAAGAAGAGAAUUAUAGAUUGCAAGGAGAGGUGAACGAAGUCAAGACUAGAAGCAAGAAACUAUGCCAUAUCCUGUUACAAGCAGAAAUGAAAGACAAGGCCACCAUACUCGUGGAAGUCCACGAGCUCCAGAGGGUCAAAAAUGAGCUCUCCGACGAGGUGUCAAGUCUGGUCGCUCAGCUCGAACAAGAAAAGAGCAAAGUGAGAGCUUUAACAGGAGGUGACGCAAAAGCGAAAGACAAAUUUCUGCACAAGAGGAGCGUACGUUUCAAUGCGGCUUCUGAAACCACAAGAAGCAAAUGAUAUUUGGAAUCAAUUGUGUAUUGAACAAAAAGCGAACAGACUCAAAGUGAAAUAUUUAGCCAAGUUGAAACAAAAGCCGCCAGGUUGAAAUGCCUCCAUUGAACUAUCUAUUGAAAACUCGUCACUGAGACUGACAGUCACAACGCUAGUGUGAUUGAUUAAUUCCUAAUUUUUAUACAAAGUGCAUAAUGCUUUUAAGCUCCUUAAUAACGAGUGGACCCUUGAAUUUAUUAAAAAUGUUUGGAUUUGUUAAAAUAGUUUUUUUGUCAAGUGUCGUUUUGUGGUAAGUUAUGUUUUUAAAGUUAAAGAACACAAGGAGAUGGUGUUCUCCCGAUGAUGGUGUGUUUGUCAAUAGUUCUGUUCUAUGAAUUAGAUGGGGUGUGGAGACAGCAAAGGGAUAUUAGUUUAGUUCUUAACUCUCUUAAUAUUUGAUCUUAAGUUUGUAAAAGAUUUAGAUUGUCUUUUUAAUAUUAACGACAAUCUUAGACUCUUCUUUGUUUGUUGCAAUUCGAAAAGAAACAAUUCUCAUAGAAGUCCAGUUUGUUUGUAUGUGAUAAAAAAAAACUAUUAUGAUUAUUUACCGCAUUUAUCAAAUAAAUCCCUAAGCUCAUACAAAAUUGGAUGCGAUGGGAAAUAAAAAGGGCACUGCAGAUCUAAAUCCUUUUUUUACAUCAACUCUUAAGUUUUGUUCAGUUUGAUAACAAUCAGAUUAGAUGUUUAUGAGUAGCAAUUAUAACAAUUAAAAAAUUCUCUUGCUGCCGACAAGUAACAGAGUACAAAGUAGUUAGUGCAUCUGCAAUUGCACUUAUUGAUUCAAUAAUUAUUAGCUUUUUUAAUAGUUUUUAAGUAUACAAAAUUACAAAUUUGUUUUUGUUUUCCAAUAGCCCCUUCCUGUGUUAGUUCCAAAUGGUUUUAUAUUUCAGGAGAUCUAUAGUACAGAACAGAUUCAGGCAAGUUUGUAAUUUUUAAGCCAUUUUCAUGUUGGAUUGUUUACGAGUCAACACGAAAGGACCAAUAUUUUUUUGUUAUAUUUAUGCCAUUGUUGUGUAUUUUCGAGGCAACAUAUUCUGUGUGAAUGUAAUUUUAAUUUGCAGGAGUAUUAAGUAUGUUGUAAACAAAACAAUGUACAUUUAAUUUUGUUUUGGCAUUCUGCCAUUCCUUAUUCAUUUUAUAUAAUAUGUAACUAAACUACUCUUUUAUUUGUGUGUUAAAAACAUUCAAUUCCUCUUUAUAUUUAAAACAGAGUUAUUUCAAGUAUAUAUUGGAUUGUUGGAGCUUUUUACUUUUGUUCUGGAUCUAAGAUAAGAGAGAUACUGCCUAUAGGGCAAAGUGAUUGCAUUUAUAUGACUUGUUAUUUCUUUUUGUAUGUUUAUGAAAAAGUUUUUGUCCAAUAUAUUUAUAUUUAUUAAAA